AUGCUGUGUCAUGCUCGUGCUUCUCUCAUGCGGGAAUCUUUCUCCGCGCCGACUCGACCCCGUCCUCGCUUUGUGGUUUUGUCACGAUCGCCAGCUUCUCCCCUCUUGCUCGCCUUGCGUCGACAGACGAUCUGGCCAAAGGCGUUGCGCCGCGGCUCGAUCGGCGUCCGGUGCUCGGGGCCUCCGAUCGAAGUCGCCAUCACCAGAGCCGCAUUGUCCACCACUCAUGCUGCGAUGCUCCCUAUGGCUGUCCAUGGCUCCCACACCCUUUCAUCCUCAUGGCCAGGGCCAAUCGUCCACGGGCAAUCUCACCUGGCGGGAGAGACCAUCCCAUUUUCAGCCUCGUUUGGCCGCCACCCUAGGCCGUUCGCCAGCCGACCCACCUUCAUUGCGCCUCCAUCCGCUCGUAUCCCGCUGAGCCAUCGCGCCUGA